CCUGGACUACGUCACCGCCUGCCCAAGUUUAACCUGCUAAUCCAUGUCAGGUAUGCAGGUCGAUCAACUUGAUCACGUUUAACUAUCAUCAGCAGAGACAGCGCCUUAUACCACCGGCCUUGACUCGAUCACGUCUUUUUUUUUUUUUUUCAAUCACACCAAACACCACAACGUGCGCGACCCUGUUAUACCAAGGUAUUGGCUCAUCAACUCAACUGCUCAGCCUAAACGCGUCCCCACCUAAACAACCUUCACAAUCUGCUCUGCUCGCCAAACACAUAACAGUUAACACCACGGCAGUCUUUAACAGUCGGCGGGCUAGGGCGCAACUGAAGCCAGUCUCUGGGCUACUAUGGUAGUGAUUUGCAGUGGGAGCCAUGUUACGGAACAGGGCCCUGGCUGUUUUGCAGAAGACCUACGAUGAUAGUUAUCUAAGUUGCUCGACUGCUAUUUACUAUGAAGGCCAGGGUAAUGAGAUAGAAGCCAUGCGACAUUGGCGAGCUGCCCUUGAUCAGAUCUAUGAUUACAAUGCAAACCGGGCACCCCCCGCAUAUGGCCCACGUACAGACACCGAGAAAGCCUUACAAGAGGCUCUGAAACAGCUCGAAUUACAAUGUAAAGAACGAAUCGAUCUUCUGGAAGCUCUCAGAAUCUCGCGGCAAGAAGAGAUGACCACCCCGCAACCACCACCCGGCAAGUUGACAAAGCGACCAAGUAUUCCUGAGGGAAGAGGUUCUCUUGGACAGGGCACAAUCACCGCCAUGCAGUAUUCUGAACUAUCACGACCAACCCUUCCACACCGUCCAUCACAGCCUCGGCGUACAUCAUCAGAACUCGCUAUCGUGGAUGGACCCAGCACACAUCUAGAUCCAAACAUGGCCUUCCCGUCGCUUUCUCGAUCUGCAUCGCCUGGAGGACCAGCUCUACCGCCGAGACCGAACAAGACUUUACGGACACCAAGCCCAGAAAAGCACACCAUGAGGACGACUUUACGUUCCGGUAAAUUAGGAGAAAAGUCCACCAAACCGCGAAAGCCAGCAAAGCCACUCGCCGAAGGAUCAAGCAAAGCAGCGACUUUGGCAUGGAGCGCGCUCGGUUCAAGGGAAAGAUUCGCGAGGGGGGCCCAGUCGGAGUCCACUCCAGCAACAGCGAGCCCUAGCUCUCGCACUUCCUUGGAUCAAAUUCGCAGGCCAGUACCAACGCAAUGGGAUAGUCACUCGAGGCGUUUGGUUGUGCCAAAGGACCGCGAUCUUGAUGGAGAACCUUCAGGAAAUACACGACACUCUGAUGAGUACUGUUACGCCCGUCCAUCCAUGCUAUCGGUCACUGCUGCUUCCAGUGCUUUAAAUUCGUCUUCGUAUCAAGAUUUACCUUCAUCAGAUGCUUACACAAGUCGAACGGAUCGAUUGCCCAACUCGCGCAACGGAUUCGCUUCGCCAUCGCCACGCAAAGUAUCGAGGCAAGAGCGAGCCAACGAUACUGAGACCGGCGACGAUUCUGGAGAGGCAUCAGAGAGGAGAAGUGUGUCAAACAACUUACCAAUCCGUAGUCCAGCAGCGAGGCAGCCUGGAAGAUCUUUAAAACCCUCAAGGCCUCAUGCUGAGAGCAGAGAUAGGUCACGACGGCGUGAACGCAAGGUUCGGCAAGUCUCCACCUCAAGCGCCUCUGACGAUGACACGAAUGGGACAAGUUCCAGACCACGUCGAGUGAAGGAGAAAGAAGCUCCUAUAGAAGCCGGUUCCCAAGAGGAUGAUUCAGAUGCGUCUGAAUCAGAGACUUUAGAAAAGUCCCCUGACGAUAUGAGUGAAUGGAAAAACAAGAAGAAGCAAAUUUUGAAGAACCUGCCCGCUGGCGUCGAUACAGCAGCCGCCAAGCAAAUAUUAAACGAUAUUGUCGUUCAAGGUGACGAGGUUCAUUGGAGUGAUGUGGCUGGUCUUGAAAUUGCAAAGAACGCACUUCGAGAGACUGUUGUUUAUCCAUUUUUACGGCCCGAUCUUUUCAUGGGCCUCCGAGAACCAGCCAGAGGAAUGCUCCUAUUUGGACCGCCAGGAACAGGAAAGACUAUGCUCGCGAGGGCUGUGGCAACAGAGUCUAAGUCAACAUUCUUUUCGAUUUCGGCAAGCAGCCUGACAAGCAAAUACUUGGGAGAGUCGGAAAAGCUGGUACGAGCUCUUUUUGGAUUGGCCCGGACACUGGCACCCAGUAUUAUCUUUGUGGACGAGAUCGACUCGCUGCUUUCACAGAGAUCAGGGUCUGGAGAGCACGAAGCCACCAUGAGGAUUAAGACAGAGUUUCUUAUUCAGUGGAGCGAUCUUCAACGUGCUGCUGCUGGAAGAGAAGCGACCGAGAAAGACAAGGAAAGGGGGGACGCCAACCGAGUCCUUGUGUUGGCGGCGACGAACCUCCCCUGGGCAAUUGACGAGGCGGCUCGAAGACGUUUUGUGCGACGACAAUACAUCCCGUUACCUGAACCGACUACUCGCGAGACACAGCUCAGGACCCUUCUGGGUCAGCAGAAACAUGACUUGUCUAAUGAUGAUAUCCUCAAGUUGGUGGAAUUGACAGAUGGUUUUUCGGGUUCAGAUAUUACAGCCUUGGCUAAGGAUGCAGCCAUGGGACCAUUGCGAUCCCUUGGAGAGGCACUGUUACACAUGACUAUGGAUGAGAUCCGACCAAUUCAAUUGUCCGAUUUCGAGGCGAGCUUGACGACCAUACGGCCGAGUGUCAGUAAAGCUGGUCUAAAAGAGUACGAAGACUGGGCGACAGAGUUUGGAGAAAGGGGGGGAUAGAUAGACUGCAAUUAUUCUGGUAAACAAACAUGUAACAAAAAGGCACAGGUACAUUGUAUGCGCAGGGGCAUCAUGGAUAGCACAACCCCAGUCCGACACACUGGGCUACGGGUAAAGGAGUUGUAAACGGGCUGAAUGUCUAGUAUGUCAUUUAUAUGUUACAAAUGGUACAGUUGGUUAACAGCUCCUUCUCUGUUGCCAUGAUCCUCCCGCAUGAUAUCGUACAGAACCUAGCUGUUCCAGCCCUCUGUUCCUAUCGCCUUGUCCCAAAAAGCAGGUAUCCCGCAUUGUCCA